AUGACAAUAGGACCUGCUUCAGUGAAAACUUUAUUGAUUGUAUGGUUGUCGGUUGAGAACGAAGCCAUGUUGGGUAGCCGUAAAGGAAUAAACCUAUCAGGUGUGGCUGUAUAUUUACUAGCUAUAUCAGCAAAAGAUAAAGCUGAUAUACAAUUUGCGGCAGACAAUGAUCUAGAUAUGAUAUUUGCAUCGUUCAUCAGAGAUAGCUUUGAACGCAAUAAGCACAUAUUGAUCAUUUCAAAAAUUGAGAACCAGCAGGGUAUACAAAACUUGCCAUCUAUAAUCAAAAUAUCUGACGGUAUUAUGGUAGCCAGAGGUGACCUGGAUAUCGAAAUUCCACCAGAAAAAAGGCUUACAAAACAUCCCGAUGGUAAACGAUCCCAGUACUUCACAUGUCAAGGCUUCGGACACUCAUCGGCACAUUGCAUACACCAGCCAAAAUGUGUCAAAGCGGCAAUGAUCAUGCAAUCAGGACUUAUACCAAAACACCUAACCAGUCACGACUGCAACGGAGAACACACAAUCAAUUAUGAUCAGUGCUUUGAAGAAAUCGAAUCCUCAAUACCUUACGCCGAUCACCUCUCAUAA